CAUGACGUCAGGGAACAACCGACCAAUGACAGAACAGUUCUCGAUCCUUCUCGAUUCAGCACGAAGCACGAAAUACUAGUGUUACUAGAGGCCUCUCGAGCGCUCUCGAUGUUCCGGAUAGUCCAGAAAUUGCCAGAAACAUCCAACGAGAGUCGCUGGUAGUAUAUAAUGGGAUGGAAGUGUCUUAUUCCGCAGUACAUUCAAAGCAUUCAAACCGAGUGAAGAGUAGUAAGCAAAAGUGAAAGCACUACGAGAGCAUAUCUACAGUUCGUAAAUACGAGAAAGAGAUAGUGAAAGCGCAUUCAUUGGAAGAAGAAUAAUAAGUGAGAGCAUAAACAGUGAUUAAUUGUGAACUGAGACAUGGCGCCGAAAACCCCGGCAAUCGGAAUUGACUUGGGCACCACGUAUUCUUGCGUGGGUGUCUGGCAACAAGGCAAGGUGGAGAUCAUUGCAAAUGAUCAAGGAAAUCGCACGACUCCCAGCUAUGUGGCGUUCAGCGACACCGAGCGUCUUAUCGGAGACGCCGCGAAAAACCAGGUGGCCAUGAAUCCGGAGAAUACCGUCUUUGACGCUAAACGGCUGAUCGGCAGACGCUUCGACGAUGAGAAGAUCCAGAGUGACAUGAAGCACUGGCCCUUCACAGUGGUGAACGACUGCGGGAAGCCGAAGAUCCAGAUACAGCACAAGGGUGAAAGACGGAGGUUUGCCCCGGAAGAGAUCAGCUCCAUGGUGCUGACUAAGAUGAAAGAGACGGCAGAAGCUUUCCUGGGUACCAAGGUGCAGGACGCUGUCAUCACGGUGCCGGCGUACUUCAACGAUUCACAGCGUCAGGCCACGAAAGACGCGGGUACGAUCGCAGGCCUCAACGUCCUUCGAAUCAUCAACGAGCCCACAGCCGCCGCUCUGGCUUACGGGCUGGACAAGAACCUGAAGGGCGAACGUAAUGUGCUGAUCUUCGACCUGGGAGGCGGUACCUUUGACGUCUCUAUCCUCACCAUUGAUGAAGGUUCACUUUUCGAGGUGAGGGCGACUGCAGGAGACACUCACCUUGGUGGCGAAGACUUUGAUAAUCGGCUGGUGAACCAUUUCGCAGACGAGUUCAAGAGGAAGUUCAAGAAAGACGUACGCGGGAAUCCAAGGGCGCUCCGACGUCUCCGAACUGCAGCCGAAAGAGCAAAGCGAACCCUGUCCUCCAGCACAGAGGCGAGCAUCGAAAUCGACGCUCUGGUUGAUGGUAUCGACUUCUAUUCGAAAGUGUCGAGGGCGCGAUUCGAGGAGCUUUGUGCUGACCUCUUCCGGUCCACGUUACACCCAGUGGAAAAAGCACUGAUGGACGCAAAGCUCGACAAGGGUUCCAUACAUGAUGUGGUGCUGGUGGGCGGUUCGACGCGCAUACCGAAGAUCCAGAGCCUGCUGCAGAACUACUUCUGUGGCAAAAAGCUGAACCUGUCCAUCAACCCUGACGAGGCCGUGGCAUAUGGUGCAGCAGUGCAGGCUGCUAUUCUGAGUGGAGACACGAGCUCACAGAUCCAGGACGUUCUGUUAGUUGAUGUGACACCGCUUUCCCUUGGUAUCGAGACAGCCGGGGGAGUCAUGACAAAGAUCAUCGAGCGAAAUUCCCGCAUCCCGUGCAAACAGACGCAGAUCUUCACAACAUAUUCUGACAACCAGCCUGCAGUGACCAUCGAUGUGUUUGAAGGUGAGCGGGCAAUGACUCGAGACAACAAUCUCCUGGGAACAUUCAAUCUCACAGGCAUCCCUCCAGCACCUCGUGGUGUGCCAAAGAUAGAAGUCACAUUCAACCUUGAUGCCAACGGUAUUGUGACUGUGUCUGCCAAGGACAGCAGCACUGGUAACUCAAAGAACAUAACAAUUCAUAAUGACAAAGGUAGACUGUCUAAGCAAGAAAUUGACAAGAUGCUGGCUGAAGCAGAGAAGUACAAGGAGGAGGAUGAGAAGCAGAGGCAGAGAGUGGCGGCAAGGAACCAGCUGGAGGGGUACGUUUUCAGUGUGAAGCAGGCUGUGGAUGAGACAGGCAACAAACUUAGUGAGGAGGACAAGCGAACAGUGAGGUCAGAGUGUGACAGUGCACUGCAGUGGCUGGACAGCAACACCCUUGCUGAAAAGGAAGAGUUGGAACAUAAACUGCAGGAGGUGCAGCGAGCAUGUAGCCCUUUCAUGACGAAGAUCCAUAAAGGUACAGAUGACAGCAGCUGUGGUCAGCAGGCAAGAAGUCAAACGGGCAGUCAGGGACCUACUGUCGAGGAAGUGUUCUAGUCUGUACGUGUUGUCAGUAAUAAUUUACUUCAUUCCAGCUAAGAUAUCAGGGACUUCUAAAGUAAUUUAAAAUAAAUGUGGACAAAUUGUGUUCAUUAUUUCUAUAUUCACCUGUACAUAAACAUUUUCAUUUUUAUGUUGAGUCUUGAGUAACAGAGGUAUUAGAACGUGUGGAUGCAGAAAUAAAUGGAAAGUAUAUGUGAAAAAGUUGUUGAAAGUGAUGCAUUCACUAUGAUUAUGUCUGAAAGUCUUUGUAGGAGUCUAUAUGUGAAAAUAUACAUGCAUUAAAACAACCGUGUUUUUAAUUUAUUACAGUGUUACCAGACAUCAUAUAAAAGACCAGAAUUAUCUUCAGACUUUUCAUAACAAUGCA